GCGCUGUGGCUGACUGCAGAUCAGUCCUCAUCUCCCGCGGAGGAGCUGGUCCCUCCUCCCGGACAGAUGGAGCUGAAUGGGUGUGUCCUUCCCUCCGCCGCCCGCAGCCGCCUCCAUCCGGCGGGAACAGCGCAGGAUUCCAGGCUCAGAUUCUAACUUUGGAUGUCCGUGGAAAAGCCCGCGUGGGAGGAAGGCUGGAUAUUACUGCGUGGAUGGUGGAGUGAUGGGAGUGUGACGCCGCGGAGCUCGGAGCCGGAUCAUCCCGGGCUGUGACGGCGCGGCGGCUCCGCCGAGCCGGGGCUGCGUCUCUGGCUGCGGGGGAAAGUUGCUGCAGCUUCGCUGCAUCAGCUGCAGCCACUGCAGCGCGGAGCGGAGCGGAUUAACGGGACUGGAUCCGAAAAGCUGCGGAGCGGGGAGCCGGACACCGCCCGAACCGGAGGAGCCGCUUCCCGUCCCUGUGGAGCAGCGCGCACCGAGCCAGGACCGAAGUCCUGCGGAGCUCCAGAACCUGGUUCUGGUUCUGGGUUUGUCUUCACAGCGGGCCGGUGGGUCUGCAGGGAGACCCGGGCAGCGGAGAGCGGCUCGGCUCAAGGACACUCCCCGGGAUUCAGCUGCUGGAGCCCGGCUCCACCGCCGUGGAUCUGUCCUCGGGGACUCGGCGUUUCCACGCGUGGAGGAGGGCGGGGGGGGUGGCCUAACUGGGAAGAGCCGUUUGGAAUUUUCCACGCAUUCUUUUGUCCGUGGAUCAGUGGGAAUGCCUUCCUCUGACCUGAACAGCUGCACCUGAUCUCCGAGGUUCCUUUCUUAGCAGUGCACGUCACACACGCACGCGCUUCUGCCUUUUCAUUCCUAGAACAUCAGCCGAGGAAUCUGUCCUCUGUGGACGUGGACGUGGAAGUGGGGGGAGAGGGGGGAGUUGGAAAAGCUUCUGAUCUGCGGGGGCGCCGGCUUGUCAUUCAACUCUCAUCAGUUCAUCCGGGAGGAAAAGGAGGAGGAAGAGGAGCUGGACAUCCAUGACGGUGUCCAGGUGUCCAGGUCCGCUCGUCUUCCUGUUGGAGCCCUGCAGCAGGAAGGUGACAGGAAUCUCAAACCACUUUAGACAGACUUCCUGCCGACUUCCUGCCGACUUCCUGCUGACUUCCUGCUUCCCACCAAGCCUCAGGCGGACAGACACCAUGGACGUCCUCUGGCUCGUCCUCCUGUCCUGCCUCCCGUCCUGCCUCUGCGACAUGCUCUGUCCGAAGCGCUGCACCUGCCAGAACCUGCUGCCGUCCUACACGGUGCUGUGCGCCAAGACGGGCCUGCUCUUCGUCCCGCCAAACAUCGACCGGCAGACGGCCGAGCUCCGGCUGAUGGACAACUUCAUCACCACGCUGAGACACCGAGACUUCGCCAACAUGACCAGCCUGAUCCACCUGACCCUGAGCCGGAACACCAUCAGCCAGAUCAGACCUUACACCUUCGCCGACCUGCAGGACCUCCACGCCCUCCACCUGGACGCCAACCGCCUCACGGUCCUGGACGACUCGCACUUCCAGGGGCUGGUGAACCUGAGGCACCUGAUCCUGGCCAACAACCAGCUGCACAGCAUCUCAGAGGGGGCCUUCCAGGACUUCCUGGAGACGCUGGAGGACCUGGACCUGAGCUACAACAACCUGGUGGACAUCCCCUGGGACACGGUGUCCCUGCUGGUGAGCGUCAACACGCUGAGCCUGGACCACAACCUGAUCGAGAGCGUCCCCGAGGGAAUCUUCUCCAACCUGCACAAACUGGCCAGGCUGGACAUGACGUCCAACAAGCUGAAGAAAAUCCCCCCGGACCCGCUCUUCCUGCGGAUCCCGGUCUACGCCAAGAUGAAGGGCUCUCCGCUCACGGCGCUGGUGCUGAGCUUCGGGGGAAACCCGCUCCACUGCAACUGUGAGCUGGUGUGGCUGCGGCGGCUGACCCGCGAGGACGACCUGGAGACCUGCGCGUCCCCCAGAGACCUGGCCGGGAAAUACUUCUGGACCAUCAGAGAGGAGGAGUUUGUCUGUGAGCCGCCCAUGAUAACGCGCCACACCUCCAAGAUGUUUGUGAUGGAGGGUCAGGAGGUCAGCCUGCGCUGUAAGUCCAUCGGGGAUCCGGAGCCGUCCACGCACUGGGUCAGCCCGGACGGGAAGCUGAUCGGGAACACGUCCAGAACCGUCUGCUACGAGAACGGGUCGCUGGACAUCCUGAAGGCGUCCGUCAAGGAUUCUGGGAAAUUUACGUGCAUCGCGUCCAACGCAGCCGGCGAGGCCACCGCUCCCGUCGAACUGGUCGUCAACGCCUCGCCACACUUUGGGCCCAAACUGGAGCCGGACCCGGGGCCCUCAGACAUCCCCACAUCCAUCAAAUCCAACGUGAGCGGGGGCCAGCCCAGGGCCGACCCGCAGCGGGUCAGCGUGUCGGACCUGACCUCCAGCUCCGCCGUCAUCCGCUGGCCACCACAGAACCACAUCCCAGGGGUCCGCAUGUACCAGAUCCAGUACAACAGCUCCACCGACGACAUUCUGAUCUACAGGAUGAUCCCGGCCAAUCACAAGUACUUCCUGCUGAGCGACCUGGCGGCGGCGCGGGACUACGAGCUUUGCGUCCUGGCGGUCUACGACGACGGCGUCACCACGCUGACCGGAACCAAGAUGGUGGGCUGCGUCUCCUUCACCACCGACUCAGAGUAUGGCCGCUGCCACUCCAUCCGGGACCAGUUCCUGGGCGGCACCAUGAUCAUCAUCAUCGGCGGGAUCAUCGUGGCGUCUGUGCUCGUCUUCAUCUUCAUCCUGCUGAUGAAGUACAAGCUCCAUAGCAACCACUACAAGCAGAAAGCCGCGGCGCGUCACGCCAACGUCUGCUCCCAGACCAACGGAGGCGGAGGGGGCGGAGCCAGCGGCGUCUUGGCGCUGCCUCCGUCCGCCGCAGGGGGUGCAGGCGCUAAUAAAAGCUGCGCGCCGGCAGCAGAGGGAGGAGCUUCUCUCAGAGGGACGACCGUGGUGGACCUGAACCCAAGUCUUGACGAGGACGCCGCGUCCCAAUAACAGGAAGCCGGACGCUCAGCGCCGACUCCCCUUCCUGUUUGUUUCACUGCGUUUCUUUUUCUGCUCCGUCCUGGAGUCAAACUGGACUUCCUGUGAGGAGCAGCGGCACUCGGCGGUGUUCUGGCUAUGAUGAAGGGAACUGGGACCGCCUCUGGUCCAGAUCCGGUCCGGGUCUCAGCCUGCUGAUGUUCUGGACCCGGUGAGGUUCUGGCAGAACUCCGGGUCGGUCCAACCAGGAAGUUGUGGUGCCGCUGCUCCUCUCCUCAUUAUACGGUCACAUGAUAAGGAUUACUGUGGGAGCAGCGCCUCCUGCUGGACACCUUGGCCUGAGAAACAAGCGAUGGGAGGACGACCUCUGACCUCCAGACGUUUCUUCAUCCCUCCUCCCUCUCUCUGUUUUAGGGACAAACGGUUUGCGUCCGUGAUGGACGCUGCUCUGUGUGGGACAUAAAAACUGAGCAGCGCCUGAAACGCCGGCGGACUGAACCGACGGCGAAUGUAUGAAGUGGUUUUAGAAGAUGGCCGCAGAUGUUGCGUUGUCUCCUCCCUCCCCUGUUGCUGUCUGACAGUGUCUGUGUUUGUAUGUGACAUCCACCUAACAGUCUUCAGAAUUUACUUUAACCAUAACGAAACAAAAGGAGAAAAACAACUGCAACGUGAAAUGGGAAUUUUAUGCUUUCAUAGACACAAAUAUGUGGAUUUAUAAUGAAAUAAAAAGUAUUUUUCUUGGAAAA